AUGGGAAGUAAAUGGAAGAAAGCAAAGGUGGCUCUUGGUCUUAAUCUCUGCAUGUUUGUUCCAAGAACAUUAGACGAUGACUUUCCUCCUUCUACGGUGGUUUCUGAGAGGCUGUCGGAUGCUGCUCUUCUCUCUUCCCGGCCAACUACUCCGGUGCCGUCUUUUCAUGGUUUGAGACUUUCCAAAAGUAGCAGCAAAUCGUCCAAGCAAACUUGUGCAAUAUGCUUAACCAAAAUGAAGCAGGGAUCUGGUCAAGCUAUAUUCACAGCAGAAUGUUCACAUUCUUUCCAUUUUCACUGCAUUGCUUCAAAUGUGAAACAUGGGAAUCAAAUAUGUCCUGUGUGCCGAGCAAAGUGGAAGGAAAUACCCUUGUCGGGUUCUAGUUUGGAACAUAUCCAAGGUAGAGUAACACCAAGUCCAAUAAAUUGGCCUCAAAAUGAUGCUUUGAUGGCUGUGGUCCAUCGGCUGCCUCUACCUUUACCUCAUCCUCGCCGAGAUUUGAAUAGGCGGCAUAUUGUGCCAGUUUAUCAGGCUUCUGAGCCGGGCGUAUUUGACGAUGAUGAAUCUUUAAAUCACCAACAUGCAAUUUCUGAGAGAAGUAUUUGCAGUAAGAGUAUUGAAGAUACUGAUGCUGUUCGAGCUAUGGAGAUUAAAACAUACCCUGAAGUGUCUUCCACUCCAAGGUCUAACACUUGUUCUAACUUCACAGUUUUGGUUCAUCUCAAAGCUACUGCUGCAGCCGCUGCUUCUACCAAAAGACAAAACCUUAGCAGAAAUCAGGCUACCUUGACGCAGAUUUCGCAGACUCCACGUACCCCAGUUGACUUGGUCACCGUGCUUGACGUCAGUGGUAGCAUGGCGGGAACUAAGCUCGCUCUGCUAAAAAGGGCCAUGGGAUUUGUUAUACAGAACCUAGGCUCUAAUGACCGGCUUUCUGUUAUUGCUUUCUCUUCCACGGCUCGCCGUCUCUUUCCAUUAUGUAAGAUGACUGAUUCUGGGCGGCAACAGGCAUUGCAAGCUGUUAAUUCUUUGGUUGCAAAUGGUGGUACCAAUAUUGCGGAAGGACUGAGAAAAGGUGCCAAGAUAAUGGAAGACCGAAAAGAAAAGAAUCCAGUUGCGAAUAUUAUUCUGUUGUCGGAUGGACAAGAUAAUUACACUGUCAGUGGCUCGGGAAAUGACCAACCUGAACCAAACUACCAUUUGCUUCUGCCGACUUCCAUCAGUGGUCGAAACAAUUCAGGAUUUCAAUUUCCCGUGCAUGCUUUUGGAUUUGGUGCAGACCAUGAUGCCUCAUCAAUGCAUUCAAUUUCUGAGAUCUCUGGCGGAACAUUUUCAUUCAUCGAAACUGAAGCUGUGUUACAGGAUGCAUUUGCACAAUGCAUUGGAGGACUCCUUAGCGUCGUUAUUCAAGAGUUGCAAGUGGUGAUUGAGUGUGUACACCCUGAUCUCGGUCUUGUUUCGCUUAAAGCAGGAAGUUACCCUAGCCGUUCAAUGGCUGAUGGACGCAAAGGAUUUAUUGAUGUUGGGGACUUGUAUGCUGAUGAAGAGAGGGAUUUUUUAGUUUCAGUUAACAUUCCAGCUACGUCGAGCAGUGAAACAUCGUUGAUAAAGGUCAAAUGUGUUUACAAGGAUCCCUUGACUCAGGAGACAGCAGCAUUGGAAAGUGAUGAAGUAAAGAUUGAGAGGCCUGAUGUAGCCGCCGGGCAGGUUGUAAUGUCUCUUGAAGUGGACAGACAACGCAACAGGCUCCAAGCAGCCGAGGCAAUGGCACAGGCACGGACCGCAGCUGAACGGGGAGACCUCACUGAAGCAGUAUCGAUCCUUGAAAACUGUCGGAAGAUUCUUUCAGAGACCGUAUCAGCUAAAUCUCAUGACCGUCUUUGUGUUGCAUUGGAUGCUGAACUCAAGGAAAUGCAAGAGCGGAUGGCGAGUAGGCAUGUGUACGAAGCAUCUGGGAGAGCAUAUAUACUCUCCGGUUUGAGUUCACACUCGUGGCAAAGAGCAACUGCAAGAGGCGAUUCAACUGACAGUUCAAGCCUUGUUCAAGCUUAUCAGACACCAUCGAUGGUUGAGAUGCUUACUCGAUCUCAGGCCAUGUUACUAGGUAGUUCAUCGGGUCAGAGGCUUCUCCAGCCACUGUUGUCAUACAGAUCACAACCAAGCCCAAGGUAA